CUCACUCGCCCCCCCAUUACAUACACCGCCCUUAUGCCUUCUUACCCCACAGUCGGCCAUGAAUCCGGGUUCAGGUGGCGCAUACAUGGGCGCGCUCCCGUUCGCGUCACAGAACACAAUCAACCAGCACCCACACCAGGGUAUCAAUCCGGCGAUGCUGGCCGGCUUCAAUCAACAGCCCCAACCACAACAGACCUCUUUCGGUGGAGCUGUCAGUCCCGCCCAGCUUCUCAAUGGGAUGGGUGGUAUGCAGCAGCCGCCCUCUAACCAGCAACACAUGCCGAUGUCGAAUGGCGCCGCGAUGAAUCCUGCCGCUCUCUCCGCGCCACCGAACGCGACGAUGCCAUCUGGAGGCGCGAACGCCUUCCCGCACACGGCGUCAGGCGCGCCCCUUCAUUCCCUAGCCCAACAGCAACAAAUGCAAGCGCAACUGGUGCAGAUAAUGAUGAACUCAGGCAUCACUCGUGAACAGAUCGCUGCCAUGAAUCCGCCGGAGCGCACUGCUGCUCUCAGAAAUGCGAUGGUUGUCUUUCGACAGCAUGCACAAGCUGCUUCUCAAGCACAAGCUGCUCAACAGCACCAUACCACCGAGCAGAGCGCUUUCAACAGACCAGGGCAUGGGAGCGCAGCGACGGGGAUGGGCAACGGAAGCGUUGGAGGCAUGAACAUGGGCGCGCUGGAAGCAGAAGGUGCACAAACUUCGCCACAGCCCAACAAUUUCCAGCCAGCAAAGAGUGCGGUCGUUCCACAUUUUGGGACGACAGUACAGAACACGCAUCAACCAUCGCCAUCUUUUCCUUCUCGACUGCCCUCGGGGGAUCCAUCACCUUCGGUCCUUCGUUCGAACUCGUCAGGGUCCACCCCCGAAUCCAAUAGUCUUCUCUCUGCAUCUGGGCAGCCUCAGACAUUUGCGAAGGUACAACGCAUAAGCUCGCCUGUCAAGGCCACUCCAGCGUUGCCUGUUUCCGGCUCUGUGACCAGCGCGUCUACUCCAGCUCAAGUAACGUCCUCGAAUGUACCACUACCAUCGCUCCCAGCCUCAGUGAACCUCAAUCCGAAUAUUACGCGCGUCACUGUCGUUCCUCUCUCCACUUCACGCGAAACAAUUCCUGCGCUGGAGGCUACCGAGAUCAAAGAUGUGAAAUCUUGGAUGGAAAUCGAUACGCGAUAUGAGGCCGUUGUGCGGGACAUGACGGAGAAGAUGUCAGCCGAGUCUCGGGAUGCACUUAAUGGACCCAAUAUCCCUUGGUGGGACCGUGGAUCACUUGCGACCAACAACAGCAAGUUUCUUGUCGGUCGUGAAAAGUUUGACGUGCGAUAUCCACAUCGCAAACGUGAUCGCGAAGAGUCACGCAGGAAGCCCAAGCGUGAGGGUCUCAAGAUACCUGGGAAACCGAGCUCCGAGCAGGCAGCGCGGGAAGAAGAACUGGUUCCCAUCCGCGUCGAGUUUGAUGUUGAGCACCAGAAAAUCCGGGACACCUUUGUUUGGGACCUUAAUGCAUCUAUCGCCUUGGCGGAUUUCGCACAAACUGUGAUCGAAGAUUACAGUUUGCCUGCUGCCUAUCAUGGGGUCAUCGUCAAGUCCAUUGAAGACCAGCUUAGCGACUAUCGCGCGCAUUCGGUGGCCGUUGACCGAUUUUUACCUGACUCUAGGCCUGGGGCUGGCCUACUUGAAGGAGACAGCGCAGAAUGGUGGGCAGGCUGGCGCAAGCGGCUGAGACCGGAAUCCCACGCCAAAGCCCGUAAACGCCCGAGGCUUGUCAAGAAAGAGUCUGAAGACGAUCGGGCCAUGUCGCUGGACGAGUUUCUCGUGGAUUCCAAUGCUGAACACCAAGACUUGCGUAUUUUGAUUCGACUCGACGUGACGGUAGGCUCGAUGAAGCUCGACGACCAAUUCGAAUGGGACCUCGAUAACCCAGAUGCGUCGCCGGAGGAGUUUGCCCGAAUCUACACGCAAGAUCUUGGUUUGAGCGGGGAAUUCCGCACUGCGAUUGCACAUCUUAUUCGCGAGCAAGUGGUCGCCCAUCAGAAGUCGCUAUUUCUGGUCGGUCACCCGAUGGAUGGGACCGCUGUGCAGGACGAGGAACUGCGAUAUGCCUUUCUGCCCAGCCUUGCUUCGGGUGCUCGAUCGAUGGACCAGGUCCAAGCGUUUACCCCACUCCUCAACUACCUCAGCGACGGCGAACUCGAACGUAACGACAAAGAACGAGAAAAAGAUAUGAACAAACGCAAGAAGCGAAAUCGUGGCGGACGACGCGGUGUGCCUCUACCUGAUCGGGAGCCAAUUCGCACCUGCCGCACGCCGGCCAUCGGGUUCCCCGAGCCAGACCCUGCGGUCGUCGCUGCGGCUGUGGCUGUCCACGCGCCAGUCUCUCGGCGUGCGGCAGCGGCAGCUGCCUCUCUCACGAUUGCCAAUCUCGUUGCGUCUGAGAAUGGAGAAUCUCGCACCAGCUUCACGCCAUCCUUGCCAUCCUUGCCGGCGCCGCCACCGCUCGUCGUCAAGCCCAAGUCGGUGAAAGGGUUUUUCAAACCCCCGCAGUUGGACAAGUCGAUUCUCCGGGCCCGAGCUCGUGUCCCUGCGCCGAUACCGUCCACUGGAGCUGAUGUAACUAAACUCCCCGUUCCUCUGGAGAAUGAUCCACCCCCGGCACCGAUUGUAACCGCGAGUUAUCCGCGGGCCCCCAGACCAGUCACAGCCAAACGGGCCAAGGAACUGGAGCGAGAAGCCAAAGAACGAGAAUUUGCCGAAGGACAGCAUGAGAAUAUGAUCGACGGUAUCUGGCAUUGCUCCAAUUGUGGAUGUCCAGACAGCAUCGCCAUUGGCCGUAGAAAGGGCCCCCUCGGGGAUAAAUCCCAAUGUGGAGCCUGUGGAAAAUACUGGCAUCGUUUCCGCCGGCCGCGGCCGUUUGACUAUAACCCGAGCUAUGACUAUCACGCCAACCUUCUGAAGAAGGAAGCCGACCAGGCAAAGCGAAAGCGACGUCCUGCAGCAAGCAGUGUUGCCCCAGAAAUAGUUUCGCGUCAGUCUCCUGUACGGGACGUCUCACCGGCGUCGACCGCGUCGACCUCCUCUGAGGCUCCCUUGGCACAGAGGAUCAAGAUCAAGCGGUCUCAGCCAGCAGCAGCCUCACCCACUACGCUCUCGACACCGCCGGAAAUACCCGCUCCAUCCCCCGCACCGCCACCACCGACUGUCAACAUCUCUCCCCGACCUCAAAUAGAUCUCAGCCAGCUUCCUCCUAGACCAACAAAGGCAUGUGACUACUUUCUGAGCAACUCCCUGGACUUACAUGAGAAUGCAGCCUCCUCAGUGGCUCGUCCAGGCGAUGCAAGUUACCCAGGCGAAAUGGGAGAACGACAGGUUUGAUGUUCUUCCUAAAGCCAGUCCCACGGCCUGGGAGUGGCGCGUCAAGUGCCUGGACUGUCCUGGCAAGAUAUACAUCACGGGUCCCGGCGAGACGCUGGAGAACUACGAGUUGCACCUGACCAACAGGCUGCAUCGUCAGCGCGUGAAUGAUCGAAUACAGAAUUCCAGCGCAGGAUGAAGGACGUGUAUUAUCUUUAUCUGUAUUGAGUUGCGGGCUUUUAUGUUGUUGUCGUAAAACUGUAAUUCCAGGGACCCACAUUAGAUUCGCCAUCUAAUCUCGCGAAUACACCUCCUACUGAUCUUGUGCAACAUCCGCAUAGUGCGAAACCCGCACCGCUGUUGGCGACGGUGGGCUUGGCACACGUGCUUCGCCCCCGGCUCCUGCUGUGAGCUUGCACUUGCAACACACUCUCCGUUAUGUCUUCUACCUCGUUUCUGCGAACCCGACGCUCUUUGUACAGUAAUUCCACUACCUUAUGUGCAAAUAUCCGGCACGCGACGCCUGGUCGCGUGCCCGAUCGCACGCGUGCCACACGCUAUUACUCUUCGAAAACACCAUCACCUUCUUCAGCGGCGCGCCCAGCUCCCCAGCCAUCUCGAAAGGCCCGUAAAGUCUGGGCAGCCAAACCGCCUCCUGUCUCGACCAGCGGAACGGCGGAGAGCAUCGACUCAAGCGUUGCAUUCACUCCGUCGCCGUUCUCGAUUCCCGGUAGCCCUGCGUUCGGCGGAAAUUCGUUGCGCGAUGCCGCGCUCACCACUGUCGUGGGUCUCGGACUGGUCUUCGUGGGCGGUGUCGGGUAUAUGAAGUGGUACAAGUGGAACGUCCUGCGCAAGGUGCGCGCUGCCCCCGUGUCGAAGCUGUGUGCUGUGCUGUGCUGCUGUGUUCUGACGACGCGCGGUUGCAGAUCGAGGACGCGUUCGC